AUGACUUCAUGGAGCACGAGUCUUGCUACCUUAUACUAUGGAAUACUGGCUGAUGCGGUUGACUGGCGCAGCUUCACGAGUGGGCCGGUCGUUGACCUGGGAGGUGGCAAUGGCCACGUCGCUAUCGACCUCGCCACGCGUUUCCCAUCGCUGGAGUUUAUUGUGCAGGAUCUGCUACCCAACGAGUCGGCCUUCAAGGCGACAGUACCUCCAGAGCCAGUGUCCCGAGUAACUUACCAGGUCCAAGACGCGUUCAACCCACAGCCAGAGGAUCUUGAGCCUUCUGCGUACUUCCUGAAAGCCGUGUUCCAUGACUGGCCAGAUAUUGCUUGCAUUCAGAUUCUAAAAAUACUGGUUUCCAAGAUGCUGAAAUUCGGUUCCACGGUAAUCAUGAUGGACCAAUGUCUUCAGGAAGGCAAAUUCCCACUGUACUUUGAGGGCGUCAUCCGGCACUCUGAUAUCUUCAUGUUUUCACUCUUCGGGGCAAAGGAGAGAACAUUGCCGGAAUGGGAAGCAAUGUUCGCAACGGCCCAUUCACGCUUGCGGCUUGAGAAGGCUGUACAGCCUUCAGGCUCGGAAUCUGCGGUCAUGCAGUUUGCUAUUACUUAG